AAACAGUGACAGCUUUCCUUCUUCUUUUCCGAUUUGGAUUCCUUUUAUUUCCUUUUCUUCUCUGAUUGCUGUGCCUAAAACUUCCAAAACUAUGUUGAAUAAGAGUGGUGAGAGUGGGCAACCUUGUCUUGUUCCUGAUCUUAGUGGAAAUGCUUUCAGUUUUUCACCAUUCAGGACGAUGUUGGCUGUGGGUUUGUUAUAUAUGGCCUUUAUUAUGUUGAGGAAAGUUCCCUCUAUGCCUACUUUCUGCAGGGUUUUUAUCAUAAAUGGGUGUUGAAUUAUGUCAAAAGCUUUCUCUGCAUCUAUUGAGAUGAUCAUAUGGUUUUUCUCCUUCAAUUUGUUAAUAUGAUGUAUCACGUUGAUUGAUUUGCGUAUAUUGAAGAAUCCUUGCAUUCCUGGAAUAAACCCCACUUGAUCAUGGUGUAUGAUCCUUUUAAUGUGCUGUUGGAUUCUGUUUGCUAGUAUUUUGUUGAGGAUUUUUGCAUAUAUGUUCAUCAGUGAUAUUGGCCUGUAGUUUUCUUUCUUUGUGACAUCCUUGUCUGGUUUUGGUAUCAAGGUGAUGUUGGCCUCGUAGAAUGAGUUUGGGAGUGUUCCUCCCUCUGCUAUAUUUUGGAAGAGUUUGAGGAGGAUAGGUGUUAGCUCUUCUCUAAAUGUUUGAUAGGGCUUCCCUGGUGGCUGUCUUUUCUCCAUUGUAUAUUCUUGCCUCCUUUAUCAUAUUUUGAUCAUUCUUUAUAUAUUUAUGUUAAUUGGAAUUCUACUGUAAGGAAGAUCUUUCCCUUCUCCCGUUCUCUCAAGGAUUCUUGUUUUAUUCUUAGAUUGUAGUCAGUUAUAGUCUUUAUUUUGAUCCUCAAAUUAGGAGCUCUUCAAGUUGGCUCUUUUAUUUUUUGACUUGUCCCCAUCAUUUUCUGAGCACUUUACUUUCUGGCAGCACAGUAUAAAAUGUUCCAAACGCAUCUUGUAUUUUCUUAGCCCCAGCCAUGAAACCAGCCAUUUCUCCAAAGAGCUCUGGACUUCUUAUUGGUUAAUCGUAUUUGGAAAGUAACAUCUGGAUGCUAGGUAUGCUUACUGCUACUAGGGUGUCAUUGCCACUAGACCCUCUCAGCAGAAUAUUUGUAUGAACACAUACACGUCUAUAUCUGUCUGCAUAUAUACAAAAUCCAUCCAUUUAUACUCAUACUUUCAAUUCUAAUCCAAUACCACAAGGUUCAUUCUAGUGCUUCUGCUUUCCUUAUUUGUAACUUCUUUAUACAACAGUGAGAAAUCAUUCAGUAUAGUUUUUGUUUUGUUUUGUUUUGUUUUUUGCGGUACACGGGCCUCUCACUGUUGUGGCCUCUCCCGUUGCGGAGCACAGGCUCCGGAUGCGCAGGCUCAGUGGCCAUGGCUCACGGGCCCAGCCACUCUGCGGCAUGUGGGAUCUUCCCAGACCGGGGCACGAACCCGUGUGCCCUGCAUCGGCAGGCGGACUCUCAACCACUGCGCUACCAGGGAAGCCCCAUUCAGUAUAGUUUUAAUUUGCAUUUCAUGUAAGUGAAAUUGAGCUUCUUUCCUAUGUUUUAAAGCCAUUUGUUUUUCUUUAUCUGAGCACUGACUGUACAUCUUCUCUCAUUUUUCUAUGGAUUAUUGGUCUUGUUCUUUUUUCUAGGACUUCUUUUUAUAUUAGGGAAAUUAGUUCUGCAAAUAUUUUUUUCUCACUUCAUGAUUUGUCUUUUUUUUAAAAAAAAAAAUUAAUUAAUUAAUUUUUGGCUGCAUAGGUCUUCGUUGCUGUGCCACCAGGGAAGUCCCAUUGUGUUUUUAAAUAUCAAGGCAGUAUGUAUACUCAGUCACAGCUUUCAUUUCUUCUGUGGCCAACAGUUUUCUAGUUUGCUAGUGUGUAUUUUUUGUCUAUGGGUAAGAUUAUCUGCUCUUUUCUACCAUUUUAAUAGUAAUUUUGUAUGAAAGAUUGCAUUAGACUGCAUAACAAAAUACCACAGACUGGGUGGCUUAAAAAAUAAAACUUUUUUCCUCAAAGCUCUGCAGCCUAGAAGUCCAAGAUCAAGGUGUCGGCAGGUUUGGUUUCUUCUGAGGCCACUCUCCUUGGCUUGCAGAUGGCUGCCUUCUCACUGUGGCCUCACAUAGUUUUUGUUCUGUGCACACUUGCAUUUCUGGCAUCCAAAUUUUCUCUUUUUAUUAGGACCCCAGUCAGAUUAGUUUAGGGCUCAAUCUAAAGAACUCAUUUUAAAUUAAUCAUUUCUUUAAAGACCUUAUCUCCAAAUAGAGUCACAUUCUGAGGUACUAGGCGUUAGAACUUCAGCAUACAAACUUCUGGGGUAAACAGUUCAUCUCAUAACAAAGGUGUUUGUCACUUUCUUCUUUCUUUUUUUUUUAACAUCUUUGUUGGAGUAUAAUCGCUUUACAAUGGUGUGUUAUUUUCUGCUGUAUCACAAAGUGAAUCAGCUAUACGUAUACAUAUAUCCCCAUAUCCCCUCCCUCUUGCGUCUCCCUCCCACUCUCCCUAUCCCACCCCUCUAGGUGGUCACAAAGCACCGAGCUGAUCUCCCUGUGCUACGCGGCUGCUUCCCACUAGCUAUCUAUUUUACAUUUGGUAGUGUAUAUAUGUCCAUGCCACUCUCUCACUUCGUCCCAGCUUACCUUUCUUCUUUCGUUUUUUAAUCCAUUAUUAAAUGAAUUGUGUUUUCCAACCAUUUUCAAGUGUCUUCUGUGAAGGAAGAGCAAGAGAGACCAAGGUAGUUUUCCAGAUUUCACAGUGCAAAGGUUUUCAGGUGCCACGAUCAGACUGUCUCAUUCUAUGUGGCCCUUUUUGUAGUUUUUGUGUAGCCCUGCUUUCUUUGCUUCUCUAUUCUAAACAGGGCUUUUGCCCCAGACCUGUGCUCUCUGGCAUCAUCACUAGUCAUUGCACACAGGAAACAUAGCCCCUGGAUUUUAGGUGAGCUCUUUAUCUACUUUCUGAGAUUUUCAUAUCUGAGUUUCCCAGACAUUCUUUUGGACAUUCUGUACCUCCUCUUUCUACUAUGUUCCCUAUAGCUUUAACCCAACCUCAGUUCUUUUUAUCUCUACUUCUGCUGAUUGUUUAGAACAACAAACAUUUUCACUUUCACAUGAACUUCUCAUCCUCAGUGAAUCUAUUUUCUCAUCCUCUGGGAGUCUGUUUUUGCUGGUGUUUUCUGGGAUCUGGUGCUGGCUGUUUCCCUUAAACACUCCAAGAGUCUCAGUCAUAUGACAUUCAGUCAUACAUAACUGCAGUACCUAUAUCAUAAUCAUUUUACUUUGUAAUGUAAAAUUUCCCCAUUUUUCUACAUUAUAAAGAUAGCUGUAUAUUUUCCCUAAUGCCAAAGAUAAUACAUAAUGCAUAAUCAUGUAGAAAGUUCAAGUCAUACAAAAGAGUACAAGGAAGAAUGAAAAUCAUUGAGAGGCAACUACUCAACAUUUUGGUAAACAUUCCAAACAUCUCUCAGUUAUACACAGAUUUAUAAGAAUAAGCUCAUACUAUAUAUGCUGUUUUGUAUUCUGCAUGUUUAUUCAAUAAUAUGUCCCAAAAUUCUUCUUUGUCAAUAGAUAUAGAUUUACACCAUUUUUUAAAUGAUCAGAAUUUAUUCUUCCAAGCAACUAUUAUGACCUAAGAGAAGUUACUUUAAAUAUAUUUAAAAAUUUUAUUGAAGUAUAGUUGAUAUACAAUGUUGUGUUAAUUUCUGCUGUACAGCAACACGAUUCAGUUAUACAUAUAUAUAUUCUUUUUCAUGUUCUUUUCCAUUAUGAUUUAUCACAGGAUAUUGAAUAUAGUUCUCUGUGCUACACAGUAGAACCUUGUUGUUUAUCCAUCCUAUAUAUAAUAGUUUGCAUUCUGCUAAUCCCAAACUCCCAAUCCUUCCCUCCCCCCCCCCACUCUCCCCCUUGGCAACUACAAGUCUGUUCUCUAUAUCUGUGAAACCAAAUAAAGUAGAAAGGUAAAUUCUUCAUUCCUUUUACUCCCCAGGAUUAACUACUCCCCAGAAUUAACAACUAUAUGCAGACAUAGACAUAUAAUCAUGUACCGCACAUGUUUAUACACAUACACAGAGUUUUCUUUGUUCAAAAAUGGGAAUUAAGGGCUUCCCUGGUGGCGCAGUGGUUGAGAGUCUGCCUGCCGUUGCAGGGGAUACGGGUUCAUGCCCCGGUCCGGGAAGAUCCCACAUGCCGCGGAGCGGCUGGGCCCGUGAGCCAUGGCCGCUGAGCCUGCGCGUCCCGGAGCCUGUGCUCCGCAACGGGAGAGGCCACAACAGUGAGAGGCCCGCAUACCGCAAAAAAAAAAAAAAAAAAAAAAAAAGGGAAUUAAGCUAUAUAUAAUGUUCUGCAACCUGCUUUAUUUACAUGACAUAUCAUGGACAUAUUUUCAGGGUGUGACAUUUUGAAUGUCAAUGUUUACAUUAAAUUGUAUUUUUUCUUUAAGUAUAUUCUUUUAAAAUGUUUAUGAUGUUUUAAUAUAUUGGCAUUUAAUGUACUGAUAUAAAAUAUUACAUGUAUUAUAAAAUCUUUUAUAUAUACACAGAUACAAAAAAAGUCCUGUAUAUGCACUGCCCUUAAAAUAAAGGAACACUGUCAAUACCAUUAAAGAACUAAGUCUAUUUAUACUCUCUUUCCAGUCUUAUUUCCUUUUCUGUCCCUAGAGGUAAGUACCAUUCUGAAUUUUAUGUUAUGAGUUAUCAUUUACGAUAUUAAGUGAUAUUAUCUUUUUAAAGUUUCCAGUCAAUGACUAUUUAUAUAUAUACAGUACUGCUGUGAAUAUUCUCCUAUGUGACUCUCAGUACUCAUGUAUGAGAGUUUCUUCUGAGUGCAUUCUUUUUUUUUUUUUUUUUUUUUUUUGCGGUACGCGGGCCUCUUGUGGCCUCUCCCGUUGCGGAGCACAGGCUCCGGACGCGCAGGCUCAGCGGCCAUGGCUCACUGGCCCAGCCGCUCCGCGGCAUGUGGGAUCUUCCCAGACCGGGUCACGAGCCCGCGCCCCCUGCAUCGGCAGGUGGACUCUCAACCACUGUGCCACCAGGGAAGACCCCUGAGUGCAUUCUUGAGGUGGAAUUGCUGGGUCAUAGAAAAUGUGCAGGUUCAAUAUUGCUCAAUAAUACUAUAUUGUUUUCUAGAGUGACUGUUCCAACAUUCUAUAUUUUAGAAGGCUAUUUUAUUAGCACUGAAUUACUUUUUAAAAAAAUAGUACUUGAUUCUAACAUAGUUAAUCAUUAGAAAAUUUGUUAGCUUAUAAAAAUGUGAUCUAUAGAAAACCUUUCAGGAACACUAGUAUUACUUGUAUUACUUUUUAAUAGCCAGUUAUGAUUAAAACUUUGCAAAAUAACUUGCUAAUGUUUUGAUUAUGGCUUCAUUAUACUACAUUGUAUUUGGUUUAGGUGUGCUGUUUAACAUAUUCCAGAGGAACAACAAUAAGCAUAUUAAAAUCUGUUUAUAUAGUUAUGCCUUGUCUGAUUGUUACAUGUAUUACUUCCUGAUUGUUAUAUGUCUCUGUGACCACCCAUUAGCUUCCUCUGGACAACAUUUUUUUUUUUUUUUAAUGGUAUGUGUUCUAUCUAAACAGUGCCUACAACACUGCCACCUCACACCCACAAGUGUUAAUACAGGUGUAAAUGUGAGGUGGGUACAGGGACCGUAAAUAGCUGACAGAUUUUAUUUGGUAUAUUUUAUCUGAAAUCUAUUUAAUAUUAAACAUCUAUGAAAUAUGAAUAAUAGCAAAAAUGAACUUUUACUGCUUCACAUUUAUUGUACUUGGGUUUCUUUUCCUCUUGAAAUAAAUUCUCAGUUACCAUUUUAUACUUAUAUACAAGUAAAUAUUUGGUGUUUAACAUCUUGUUUCUUUUAUUAUACUUAUUUUUAAAUUACUUAUAAAAUAUAAACAAGUUCUUGACUAGACUGUUAUUUUAGACCCCUUUAUUUUGCCCUUCCCUACUAAUUGUAUAAUCUUUUACCUCAUAUUUCAAAACAUCAAAAUUCCUCCUUUCCAUCCUUCAUCAAAACCAUCUCUGGCAGAUCUGGGGAGAAAUUAAACCGGGUGUGCCCCAAACCUGCAAACAUUUUCUUACUAAUGAAAUCUGAGAACAUUGAACUUCAAAGGCACAUGUGACCACGGAGCAUCAGGACUUUUGUUUCUGGAUAGAAUUGUGUUUUUUGAGGGGUCCUGUAGCAAAGGGCGGGGAUGCUGUGACCGAGCGAGUCUUGCUCCAGCAAUUGCAUCCCCUCUGCCUGAAUGACCAGUUUUGGAAGGAGCCUGCAGACAUGACUGUCAGUAUUUGAGGUUUCAGGUUGUGUUUUAGGGUAGGACCUCACUGCCCAGCUCCAGCCAGCUGUACCCAAAAGUAAAUGUUUGGGGGCAAUCAUUUAUUGUAGUCAACAUAAAAGUAGCUGGGCAAGUGACACCUAGAAGAAAAUAAGAUGACAAAAAAAAAAUGUGCAAAGACUCAUUUCGUUACUCACGGUUUUUUGCAUUUGCGAAUGUAAGUAGUUUUUGAAGUUCUCUUGGGACUUACAUUCCUACAACAGCAUAAAGCCAAACGUGGAUUUCAAAAAAGGUCCCUAAGGGGCUUUCGUUAAGUGCAAAAUCAGUGCAGAGGUCCCUCGCUCCUCUCACGUACUCUUAUCCCAAGUGGUGGUGGCGGUGGGGAGCGCUUGAGUAGCACGCAAGCUCUUUGGUUCCUUCUCCGCAAAGUAGAGGUGGUGUGGCCCGAGGCUUUGCGGGAUAGCGUCCCCCGCGGAGUUCAAGUCUAGAUCCGCCAGCGCUGAGCCCCCGGAGGGAGGAGGGGGCGGGCUCAGGGAGUCCCUCCUUCGGGGGCGGGGCCAAGGGCUGCCCGGCCCUGCAGAGCGGAGGUCUAAGGGCUCCAGUUUAGUAAAGCGCAUGCAAACCCGGCCAGAAGCCACCGGACUUAUCAGCAGAUCUCAUGAUUGUUUGGUAAAGGCUCUGCGGGUCUACACGGGUCACCUCCCUCGGAACUCCGCGACUCCACGUCGGAGCCAGCCCUCGGCCCCCCGCAGUCGGACGGUUACAGCCGCGGGAGACCUGGAGGCGGUGGCAGCGGCCCAGGAACUAGCAGCAGCGCCCGGGAAAGAAGCAGAAAGAGAAGAGUACUGUCUCCUAGGAAUCCAGCCCUGGAGAAACAAGGAAAAUUCUUCCCAGGAUGGUCUCCCAUUCAGAGUUGAGGAAACUUUUCUGUUCAGCUGAUGCAGUGUGCUUUGAUGUUGACAGCACAGUCAUCAGAGAAGAAGGAAUUGAUGAGCUGGCCAAAUUCUGUGGAGUUGAGGAUGCUGUGUCAGAAAUGACACGGCGAGCCAUGGGCGGGGCAGUGCCUUUCAAGGCUGCCCUCACAGAGCGCUUAGCUCUGAUCCAGCCCUCCAGGGAACAGGUGCAAAGGCUUAUAGCAGAGCACCCACCACACCUGACCCCCGGCAUAAGGGAGCUAGUAAGUCGCCUACAAGAGCGAAAUGUUCAGGUUUUUCUAAUAUCUGGAGGCUUUAGGAGCAUUGUGGAGCAUGUUGCUUCAAAGCUCAACAUCCCAUCAACCAAUGUAUUUGCCAACAGGCUGAAAUUCUACUUUAAUGGUGAAUAUGCAGGUUUUGAUGAGAUGCAGCCAACAGCCGAAUCUGGUGGGAAAGGAAAAGUUAUUAAACUUUUAAAGGAAAAAUUUCAUUUUAAGAAAGUAGUCAUGAUUGGAGAUGGAGCCACAGACAUGGAAGCCUGUCCUCCUGCUGAUGUUUUCAUUGGAUUUGGAGGAAAUGUGAUCAGGCAACAAGUAAAGGACAACUCGGAAUGGUACAUCACUGAUUUUGUAGAGCUUUUGGGAGAACUGGAAGAAUAAGAUCAGUUUUUAUACAGUUCAUAACAACUUCAGGUUAAUUUUUAAAAGUUAUACAGUUUGAUACUGUUUGCUUCCAAUUGAAUAUUAGGACUUAAUAUAUAAAUUUAGUACUGAUUAUCUGUACUUCCAAGUAAACUAUAGUUAGGGCUCAUAGAACAUUGUGGUUCUUUUUUUUUUUUUUUUAACUGUAGUUCCGGUAUUAUUAUGACCAUUUAAUUACCUGGAGAGUUUUAUAAUUUGAAUUCUUUAUGUAUUUUCCUAGCUAUAUUUUAUUUGAAGGUUUUUGAAGGUGGAUAGUAAAUUAAACACCUUCAUUAUUGGAAAUAUGGAUUAGGCAGCUUUAAGUGAAAUUGGUUUUCCCUUUAUAUAUAAAUAAAAGUUUAUCCACAUAUCAGAA